CCACUAUGGACCCCAGUACCACAAUUCUUCGAGUUAAAAGGAAAAGGGGGACAGACCCUGCGGAUGCAUUAUUACUGGCCUGUAAGCGAAUUAGACCCGAGGCCUCGACUCAGCCCGCUGGCGAAUCUGUCCCCGAGCCCGAAGAUGCAAAAAUUGAAAAUUCUGUCUUCAAACUCGUGGCAACUGUAGCAUCCCAGGAUGUUCCAGUUCAAACACAUGUGCGAGAGGCUCUCAGCCGCCCGCGGUUGGUCCACGCGCUACGGCCAUCUGGGGGAAGCUCACAAAGGAUCAUUGGAGACCUGCGCAGCACCAAGUGGAAUACCAGGCGAGAAGAACGCUACCGAAUUCUCUCCAGUCAUCGUGCUGGGCUUUCAACGGAGCCUGCUCUUGCUGGAGAUGGAGACGGAGAAGGGAAAUCAGAUCAGCCCGACUCAGAGGCUCGUUUAUCGCUCGGAGAUGUGCAAGUGUUUGACAUUGUUCAGGAGGAGGAUGAUAACAUCAAGGCUCCUGGCAAGGCUGUCGCCUCGGAUCCAGAAACAAUCCUCUGUAACUCGGUGAAGAUGAUCCGGGAGAAGCUGACAGUAUCUGAGGAUGGAUCUGGUACUGAGCACCGGGAAAAGGAUGAUGAUUAUGUGUACGACCUGUAUUAUCAGGAAACUGUCACGCCAGGCUGGAUUCAGGACAUUCUAUCAGUCAGGCCCUAUAUGGAGGAAGGAGAGCUGGUGCCUGAAGAGGUGGCUUUGGAAGAAGAGGUGUAUGAUGACGAGGAUGAUGAGAAUGAAGAAGGGAACUGGAGGAAUGACUACCCCGAUGAAGAAGACAGCGAGGACGACAGCGGCACUGAAGAGCGCUAUGGAGAUUGCUGGAGCGAGGAACACUCCUACAGUCGGAGGUCCUGGGGGCAGUACCGGAGAGACGUGUUACGGGAGCUGGAGGAUGAGUCCGAUGACGAGGAUGAAAGGGAGGGCUUUGAUUCAGACUGAGACCCUCUGGAGCUCUGACCGUGAGAGUGGCAGUCUUUUCUUUUUUUUUUUUUACUGAGACGUGUUGGGUGAAUCUGUGUGUAAUUUGUGUGUAAAGUGAAUGUGUCUGGUAGACUUAACACAGAAAAAGCAUCGUGCUUUGCGUUGUGUGUUAGUGAGAUGAGUGAUUGUUAUUUGCAGUGUUACUGACUGUUUGACAUGCACAGUACUAUGAAUGACUAUACGAUUACAACUUUGAGUAUGUGAAUGUGUGGAGUGCUU